AGCCAUUUUGUCUGCUCGGGUUUGCCCCAGACAGCCGUGAACUGCAGUUCCACCCUGGGUAAACAAUUAGAAAUGUUGUUCUGACGUCUCUGGUAUACAUUAAUUACUAGUUUAACGCAGUGGAAAAUUCACUCUUCGAUUUUACAAGUCCGACGAGGGCCGUGCUGUUGGGGACGAAGCCGCGGUGAGACAUGUCGUGUGAGGAGAGCUACUUGGCUAUCGCACGGUAUCUGACCAACGAACGGGAGCCCUACGCGCCGGGCACGCCGGGGAACACCAAGAGGAAAAUCCGCAAAGCGGCUGCCUGUUACGUGGUUCGAGAGGGGACUUUGUUUUAUCAGCGUCGGCUGAAGAACCAGAGUGAUUUCACGGAGCUGGAGGUGGUGCUGGAGGACGACAGGAGGAAGGAACUCAUCAGUCAGGCGCACAUCGGCAAAGCUGGGGAGCACUGCAACCAGCAACUCACCUGGGAACGCAUCUCUCAGAAGUACUGGUGGAGAGGUAGGACACACGGCCAGCAGAGUACAGCAAGAACCACAACAUGUCAGAGCCGGCGCAGUGCAGAUGAUAGCUCUGGACCAAGACUGUUCACCCAUCCAGGAAAACAGGGGGGUGGUCCUAACGAUGAUGAUGAUUGUGAAGAAGAUGAGGAAGAAGAGGGUUUAUAUUCCCCUUCUGGUAGAUGCAAGUCUUCUAAGCGGGUGCCCAAGCAUGAACUGAUCUUUGUGGACAGUAAGGGUGAGGUGAAUCACUUCCUCCCCAAACACAGUCAGACGUUGUUGGACAAACUCAACCAGCAGCGCCUGACCAAUCAGUUCUGUGACAUCACACUGCUUAUCGAAGGGGAGGAGUACCGUGCACACAAGGCUGUGCUGGCUGCCUGCAGCGAGUACUUCAGUGAGCUCUUUCUGGAGAAAGGGGCUGUGUCCACACAUGAAGCUGUGUUAGACCUCUCUGGUUUCACCAAAGUCAGCUUCCUACCUCUGCUAGAUUUUGCAUAUACGUCCAUGCUUACGUUUAACUUCUGUGUGAUGGCAGACAUUGCCCACCUCGCCCGUCAUUUGCUGAUGACGGAGGUGCUGCAGAUUUGUGAGUAUGUGCACAAGCAGGUGGAAGAACAGAAGCUCACAGUCUAUCAAAAGGGAGACGUGCACACUGUGGUAUCUAGUCAGGUCCCCUCUGAAGACGACUUGAAGGACACGUACAUGCUGACCAUACAGCAUGAUGGUCAGGCAGUAGUCACCCAUUCUGGUGAGGAGUCUUUGGCUUUUAUUACAUCGUGCGCUGAGCAGCCGGUAACAGUGGUCACUCAGGCUGUCACUGAAGGAGGAGAGCACGUUGACAGUGAGGAGGCUGGGCAGAAUGAAACACUGACGCUGAUCACUCAUGUUGGGGAGGCAGAGCCAGGUGAGAUGGUGACUCUUAUUUCACAGUGUGAAGAAGGUGUGGAUGGAGAGACCAUGACCAUGGUCACCCACAGUGGGCAGGCUGUACCCAGCGAGUCCCUGGCUGUGGUUUCAGCUUGCCUGGCUGUGGAGCAGCCGCAGGUUACCAUGGCCCAUCUGGAAUCGGAAGCCUUCAUUGUCAAAGUGGACACAGACAAAGAGAGCCCCUCAGAGGCCAGCAGUAUGGUGUCGGCUGUGGCUCCUGUGCUGCAGGCUGAAGCUGCUCCUGCAAUUCAGGAGGAGACCACAGAGCUACCGAGGGUAGAACCAACACCCCUACAGCUCUUGUCUGUGCCCCCAAAGCGUAAACGAGGACGCCCGGCUAAGGUGAAGAAGGAAGUGGAGGCAGAGGAGUUGGUGCUAAUAGAGGAGGUGUCACCCUCUGCUGAAGAACAGCAUGCAGAAAAGGAGGGGAACAUAGAGGAUGACCUCAACAGAAGACAACUGCGGCAGCGUUCUAUUGGUGAGGGUGGUUAUGCUCGUCUACAUAUGGGGCUUGAAGGUGAAGAAGAGGACAAGAAAAGUUCCACCAGUCCUUGUGCUAAUACCUCAAAGGUGGGGCUGAGGCCUGGCAAGAGGGGAAGGCCACCAAAGCAACCAGCAGACAGUCAAGAGGAAGCGCAGUGUUUUUCUGACUCUGGUGCAGAUCUGGAAGCUGUUGCAGUAGAAAGUGCAGCAACUGCAGAGGAAGUUGGGACCAUGGCAGAAGAGAAUGAAUCCACACAGGACUGUGCCCCAGCAGAGAGCACUGUGGAUGGAGAGCAUACAUGCUCCGAGUGUGGCAUGUCCUUCCCACGCCGCUAUUCUCUCAUCAUGCAUGCAUUCAAACACGACAAAGCCCGUGGAUAUAAGUGCAGUCUGUGUAGCAAGGAGUUCCAGUACGCUGCUUCGCUUCGCGCCCACCUGGCCCGACACAAGCAGCAGAAGAGCCAGCGAUUUUCCAUGGCCAAGCCCUCAGCCGAGGAACCCUUUGAGGACAAGGCAGAAGGUGAUACAGAAGAUAAGACCACACCACAAACCAAAAGAGAGUUUGUGUGCGACAUCUGUGGGAAGACCUUACCAAAGCCCUACUCGUUGCGAAUCCACAUGCUGAAUCACACUGGGGUGCGGCCUCACUCCUGCAAGGUCUGCGGCAAGACCUUUACCCACAAGCACAGCCUGAAGAUGCACAGAGUGCUGCACGACAUCACCAAGCAGCUUCAGUGUGAAUACUGCCACAAGACAUUUGUGACCAAGCGGAGCCUGGAGGAGCACACCAGUACUCACACGGGUGAAUCAAAGUAUCUAUGCAACACGUGUGGGGCAACUUUCUACCGAGCCUCUGCUUUGAGCAAGCACUUGAAGAAGCAUCAACCCAAACCUGAUGUCCGCCCGUUUGGCUGUUCCCACUGUGAUAAGAGGUUCUAUGAAGCCAAAGAUCUCCAGCAGCACAUGAACAAGCACAUGGGCCUGAAGCCCUUCCAGUGCCAGGUGUGUGGUAAAUGCUACAGCUGGAAGAAGGACUGGUAUUCCCACGUCAAGUCCCACAGUGUGGCUGAGCCUUUUAAAUGCAACAUAUGUGGCAAAGAAUUUUUUGAGAAAGCUCUGUUCAGGAGGCACGUCAAAAAAGCCACUCAUGGGAAAAAGGGCCGAGUGAAACAGAACCUGGAGAGGGAAUGUGAGCAGUGUGGCAGGAAAUUCACUCAGCUCAGAGAAUACCGACGCCAUGUAAACAACCACCAGGGAGUAAAGCCAUUUGAAUGUCUGACCUGUGGCGUUGCGUGGGCCGAUGCCCGCUCACUGAAGCGCCAUGUCCGCUCACACACGGGUGAGCGGCCGUACGUGUGCCCUAUGUGCCAGGAGGCCCACAUUGAUGCACGGACGCUUCGUAAGCACAUGGCCAAGUACCACGUAGACAGCCUUCCAGGGAAGAUCAUGUUGGAGAAGGACACUCUGCAGUUUCACAAUCAGGGCACUCAGGUGGAGCACGCCGUCAGCAUCGUCAGCUCUGACCUACCUCCUGAGCUCCGCCCCAUCCAGCAGGCUUCCUCAGAGGAGAUCGAAACGGUGUUGAUCACAGAGGAGACAGUGGAGGCGAUGGAGGCCGUGCAGGCCGUUCAGGAUGUGAGUGACGGAUCUGUGACGACGCUCUCAGAUCAAGGCAUCAUGCAGGUAGUGAACUACGUUCUGGCCCAGCAGGCCCUAUCAGGUGCCAAGCUGGAUGAAGCCCCAGAGGUCAUUCAGACCGUGGAGGUGGCUCACAUGGCUGAGGUCGAGUGAAUUUGGACGCUGUAUCAGAGUGUAAAAAGAUUGCUAUAUUUCUGCUGAGAAGUAUGUACAUUCAGUGUUCCCUUCACACUUUUUUCUAAGCUGAGUGUAAAUAUACAGUAACAAUUAUAACAUUUGGAACUCAGGAGACCUACAUGGAGAAAAUCAGAUAACGCUCUUGCUCUGACUAAAUGUUCUUUGCUUUUGUUAGCGGCUGAAAUAAAACUGAGACUUUGCUGUAGCCAAUGUUUGUUCCACCAGUAAUGGCUCAUUAAAAAUAAAUCUAGAUAACUGUA